AUGGCUUAUGGUCAAAAGGUUAAUAAGGACAAAACUUCAAUAUGUUUUAGCAAGAAUACAAGGGCAGAGGUGAAGAACGCUAUGAUCAGGAUUGCUGGGGUUAAAGUUAUUGAGUCAUAUGAAAAGUACCUUGGCCUUCAUACCAUGGAUGAAGCUGGUAUGAUCACUAGGAUACCUGUUAGCCAAUGUGGAAGUAGAGAUAAACAGAUUUGGAAAUGUACAAAGAAUGGGAUCUUCACUGUGAGAUCAGCUUAUCACAUGCAAAUUGAUCUUGAGGAGAGUAAGAAAGCUCAGUGUUCUGUUAAUAGGUCUGAUCAUGAUAAGUGGAGUGUAUCGUGGUCCCUUAAGUUGCCUAAUGCUGAGAAGGUUUUUUUUAGGAAGGCAUGUCAUGAAGGUUUACCUACAAAGCUCAAGUUAUAUCAAAGAAAGGUUGUUGAUAAUCCCAUGUGCCCAAUUUGUGACCAGUCUGAGGAAACUGUUGAGCAUGCUUUAUGGUCUUGUGUUGCUGCAAGAGAUGUGUGGGUUUACAGCUACAAGAGAUUGCAGAAAAGCAAGAUUGCAGAUCAGUGCUUCAAAGAAUUGUUGUUUCAUCUGUUUUAUCAAAUGAACGAAAGGGAGCUUAUGGAGAUUGCUAUUAUUAUGUGGAAAUUGUGGAAGAGAAUAAAUGCAUUGGACCUAAUUGAUGAUACAAAUACUAUAUUUGAGGAUGGUGAUCAUCUUAACAAAAGUAAUCCAAACUCUUAUGUUGAAGAUGAAUCUUCUUUUGGGCAUGAUGUGACAAAUGUAGAAUUUAGCUUAACAAAUGAGCACUCAUCUACACAUGACUUGGUAGAUGCAAGACUUAAGUUGGACGACGAUGACAAUGAUUGUGCCGACUUAUAG